UUACAAAUUUCGUGCAUGUGCUCCGGGCUGGUGAGGGCUGGCUGCGAUACGGCGUUCGAUGUUGCGUUCUAAUGCGUGAAAAUCAUGGCUAAUUCUCUUCAGUCUUAUGUUGAAAAAUAUCUUCUGAAUCCGGCGGCUUCAUUUAAUGUGGACGACGAAGACCAAGUAAUAACCAAAGCACAGGUAGUAGAUUCAGUUGCAAAGGAAGAGAGUGCAGAUCAGAUUGGGCAAUCGAUAAGCAAGCUUAGAGCACGAAGUGCUGCUCUCUUAUCAGAAAGUGAUCCUCGAUAUAAAGGCAAGAAGGUUUCUCGCAAGGAUCUCAAGAAAGAUAAUGAAGUCACUUUCGAUCCAUCAUUGAGCAAAUUCUUUGUCAUAGAAGGUGAUGAAGAUGAGGAAGGUAGUGAUGAAAAUGAGGAGGAUGAGGAAGAUGGAGAAGAUGAGGGGGAAGAUCAAGAAGAGGAGGAGGAAGAGGAGGAAAGUGCCGCUGAAGAUGAGAGUCAGGAAGAAAGUGUAACUGAAGUGAAUGCAGGGUUGAAGAAAAUGGCUUUGAAACAGGCUGUCAAGAAAAACAAAUCAAGAGAUGAGGCAUUGGAUGAAAGCAUGUACAGUGAGGAAGAGGAUGAAUCCACAAGGAAGAUUCGUGACAGGCUCCAGAAUGACUCAAAUGAUGAAUUCACAUUUGAUAAGGAUGGGGACUUCAGCAAAUAUGGUGAAGAUUUUGAAGAUGAUGGUGAUGAUGACGAUGAUGAUGAUGAUGAUGAUGAUGAUGAUGACGAAGAGCUGAGUGUAGAUGAAGAAGAGGGUAUAGAUUCUGAGAGUGGUUAUGGAGGAUCUCUCAAGAAAUUCAGCAGCGAAGAUCAGUCAGAAGAGGUCAGGAAAGGUCGAGCAGUGAAAAGUCAAUUAGAAAUAUAUGACUCAUUGUUUGAGAGUCGCAUCAGUAUGCAGAAGAUGGUGAGUCAGACAAACCAGUUACCACAGUGUAACACCUUCAAGCUGUUUGUACGGGAGAAUGAUCCAAACUACACCAAAAAUCUUUCCAGUGCAAAGUCUGCAACCAAGGUCUUGCUGAACACACUUCUGGAUAUACAGGAAUUAAUCUUAAAGAAGAAUCCAGAGACACAACACAUAAUAACUGGUAAACAGAAGAAGGAUAUGGGAACAGAGAGUGAUGAAGAAAUUACAAGUAGUGAAGAUGAAAAGAUGGAAGAAGAGAAGCAAAAGGAGAGCAGUAGAGGAACCAAACGGAAAUUGAAGAUGGAAGAGUAUGAAGAGCUUUUGAGUAAAAGACAUGCUGCGUAUAUUCCAUUCCGCGAUGAAACGAUAAACAGGUGGGACAGGAAGAAUAUGACCCAGAGAUAUUUGACGAUAGUGACUUUUAUACAAGGUCACUGGAAGAGGUACUGAAAGCCAAGGUGGCACUAUCAGAAGACAUGACAGAUGUGUCAAGGAAAUGGAUUGAAAUCCAAAACCUACGUAAGAAAGCUAAGAAGAAAGUUGAUACCAAAGCCAGCAAGGGACGGAAAAUUAGGUUCGAUGUUAUGAGUAAACUUCAGCAGUAUUUAGCGCCUUGCUACCCUCCACAAAUGGAUGAUGGUGCCGUUAAUAUUCUUUUUGCUUCUCUGUUUGGCAAUGCUGUCAAGAAUGUGCCAAAUAGUAAAACUGAGCCUACUACCGAAGAACAGAAGUGACAGGAAAGAGGAAUGCAAUAAUAUGUAUUUUAUAUAUAUAUAUAUACAUAUAUAAAGGUUGAAUAAAUAGGUUUCUUUAUAA